AUGAGUUUGCAAGGUACACUCGAGAGCUUCAACUUCACAUGUUUCCCCGACCUUGUUGAUCUUCGACUCACCAACUUUACUCUCUCAGGUACAAUUCCAAUUCAGAUAAGUAAACUUUCCAAGCUUAGAUCCCUAGAUCUGUUUUUCAAUCUACUCUUGGGUGAAAUUCCAUUUGAGAUCACUAUGCUAACAAGUCUUCAAUUCUUGUAUCUUGGUGAUAAUCAACUCAGUGGCUCCAUACCAUUGGGUAUAGGAAAAAUAAAUCAUCUUAUAGAACUAGAUUUGAGUUACAACAAUCUUAGUGGCUCAAUCCCUACAUCUUUGGGUGAUUUGUACAAUCUUACUUGGUUAUCAAUCUCUGUUAAUGUACUUUCUGGUUCUAUUCCUGUAGAAAUAGGAGCAAUGAAAAACCUGGCGGAGUUGUAUAUGUACAAUAAUUCUCUAACAGGAUCCAUACCCUCCACGUUUGGGAACUUAACCAAGCUGACCAUGUUAUAUAUGUAUGAGAAUAGUCUUUCUGGUCAUAUUCCUUUGGAAAUAGGAAACUUGGCAUCCCUUGUAGAUUUAGAGCUGUCUACAAAUUUCCUAACAGGAUCCAUCCCAUCAACAUUUGGGAACUUAACCAAGCUAACCAGCUUAUAUCUGGAUAACAACAAUUUCUCUGGCAAUUUACCGCAAAAAUUAUGCGUUGGUGGAUCCCUUUCUUUUUUCACUGCAUUUAACAAUAGUCUCAUAGGUCCAAUCUUGAAAGCCUUGAGAAAUUGCACAAGCUUAUUUAGAGUCCGACUGGAAAACAAUCAGUUGGAGGGAAAUAUGUCAGAAGCAUUUGGCUUGUAUCCAUAUUUGGAUUACAUAGAUAUGAGCAAUAACAAAUUCUAUGGUGAGAUUUCAUCAAAUUGGGGAAAGUGCCCAAAUCUUACAAGCCUACGGUUGUCAAGAAAUGAGAUUACUGGUAGGAUACCUCCAGAGCUUGUAGGGAAGUCCUCUCAACUACGCAGACUUGAUGUUUCUUCCAACCAUUUAAUUGGAGAGAUUCCAAAGGAAUUAGGUCAGAUGAAAUCUUUGUUUAGCCUGAAUUUGAGCCAUAACAAGCUUUCAGCUAGGUUUCCAUUGGAAAUUGGAAAGUUGUCUAACUUAGAAGAUCUUGACUUGUCAGCCAACAAUCUAAGUGGACUUAUUCCAGAGCAACUAGGGGAUUGCUCCAAAAUGAUUUACCUAGACUUGGGUAGGAACAGAUUUAAUGGAAGCAUUCCAAACCUAAUUGGUGACUUGAUUUCACUACAACUUCUAUUGGAUCUUAUUCAUAAUCAAUUUUUUGGAGAGAUACCAUCAGAGAUUGGGAAAUUGCAUAGUCUAGAAAUGUUGAAUCUUUCACAUAAUAUGCUCUCUGGCACCAUUCCCUCAUCUCUGGAAGAAAUGUUGAGUUUGACAUCCAUUGAUGUAUCAUACAAUGAAUUGGAAGGUCUGGUUCCCCAAAUUAAAGCCUUCGAAGAUACUCCCAGAGAAGCUUUCACAAACAAUAAAGCAUUGUGUGGUAAUGCUACAAAAGGUUUGCCCUCUUGCAAUUCUACAAUGAUAGAAAAGAGGAAUACUGGAAAGAAGCACAUGUUCAUCAUUUAUAUCUUACUUCCUAUUUUGAGUGUAAUGCUUCUACUAUCCAUAGUUAUAGGGAUUGCUUGGGUUUUCCAAAGAAAGGCAAAGAACAGGAUAGAAAUUGGACAAACGGAAUGUAUUGAUCAAAGAGAUCUAUUCACAAUAUGUAACUAUGAUGGUAGAAUUGUGCAUGAAAAUAUCAUUGAAGCCACAGAAAACUUUGAUGACAAGCAUUGUAUCGGGAAGGGAGGAUAUGGAAGUGUUUACAAGGCAACUUUAUCAACUGGUCAAGUGGUAGCAGUGAAGAAGAUUCAUCCAUUACAAGAAGAUGAUGCUGACAUGGUCAACAAAAAACAUUUGACAAAUGUUCGUGCAUUAAUUGAAAUACGACACCGAAACAUUGUGAAAUUUUAUGGGUUUUGUUUACAUGCGCGACACUCAUUUUUGGUUUAUGAGUAUUUGGAGAGGGGAAGUUUGGCGAAUAUCCUAAGAGAUGUGGAAAGGGCAAUAGAGUUGGACUGGAUCAAGAGAAUAAGUGUAAUUAAAGGUGUGGCCAACGCACUAUCUUACAUGCACCAUGAUUGCUCACCACCAAUAAUUCAUAGAGAUAUAUCAGGUAGCAACAUUUUGAUGGAUUUAAAUUAUGAAGCUUUUGUGUCAGACUUUGGCCUUGCAAGGCUUUUAAUGCCCGAUUCAAGUAAUUGGACUGCUCUUGCCGGCACUUGUGGCUAUCUUGCUCCAGAAUUUGCUUAUACAAUGAAGGUGAUGGAAAAGUGUGAUGUGUAUCGCUUUGGUGUGUUAACAAUAGAAACAUUAAUGGGAAGGCACCCUGGUGAGCUUCUUUCAUCUUUAUCACAAUCAUCAUUUUCAUCGUCGGCAUCAUCAUUAGCUUUGCAGACCAUGAUGUUUAAAGAUGUUUUAGACCAACGACUCCCUCCUCCCACAGCUGACGUUAAUGGAGUAGUUGUUUCUAUUGUGCAAAUGGCAUUUACUUGCUUGAACGUUAAUCCUCAAUCUCGGCCAACCAUGAAACAUGUGUCCCAAGAGUUAUCAUCUCACAAGACAAUUUCUAUUGAGUCAUUUCACACAGUUACAUUAGGAGAAUUCUUGCAUGGAGGAAGAGGUUUGAUUCCAAUCACUUUUGGAAAUUUGACUAAGCUCACCAUGUUAAAUCUGUAUCAAAAUAAUCUUUCUGGUCCCAUUCCUUCAGAAAUGGGGAACUUGGCAUCCCUUGUAGUCAUAGAUCUAUCUACAAAUCUCCUGACAAGUUCGAUUCCACUCACCUUUGCAAACUUGUCCAAGUUGGAGGGAUUGCACUUGCUUGAAAAUCAAUUAUCCGGCAUCAUCCCUCCACUUAUUGGGAAUGUUUCAAAAGUUAUAGGCAUUGCUUGCGUUUUUCAAAGAAAGACAAAGAAAAAGAUAGAAAUGGGACAAGCUGAACGAAUUGAUCAGGGAGAUAUAUUCACAAUUUGUAACUAUGAUGGUAGAACAUUGCAUGAAAAUAUCAUUGAAGCCACAAAGAACUUUGAUGACAAGCAUUGCAUUGGGAAGGGAGGCUACGGAAGUGUUUACAAAGCAAGUUUAUCAACAGGUCAAGUGAUAGCUGUGAAGAAGCUUCAUCCAUUACAAGAAGAUGCUGAUGUGGUCAACCUAAAGCAUUUUACAAAUGAGAUUCGUGCACUAAUUGAAAUACGACAUCGCAACAUUGUAAAAUUCUAUGGUUUCUGUUCACAUACACAACACUCAUAUUUGGUUUAUGAGUAUUUGGAAAGGGGAAGUUCAAAGAUCCUAGGAAAUGUGGAGAGGGCAAUAGGGUUGGAUUGGAUCAAGAGAAUAAGUGUAAUUAAAGGUGUGGCCAAUGCACUAUCUUACAUGCACUAUGAUUGCUCACCACCAAUUAUUCAAAGAGAUAUAUCAAGUAGCAAUAUUUUGUUGGAUUCGGAGUAUGAGGCUAGUGUGUCGGAUUUUGGCAUUGCAAGGAUUCUAAUGCCCGAUUCAAGUAAUUGGACUUCUCUUGCAGGCACUUAUGGAUACAUUGCUCCAGGUAAUGUAUUUCUUUAUUUUACCUUAGACACAAAAUCGUAUAUUUCUCAAUAUGCCAAAUUUAUUAAUAGUAUUAAUGUAUUAUAG